AUCUCAGGGCCGCCCAGGCCGCCGCCCUCCCCUCCCUCCCUCUUUCCUGGCCGAAGCCGCCCUCCCUGCUGCGUGCAGCCUCUCCCAGGGACUGCGCCCCUCCUGUAGGAUGUGGGGACAGGAACUGAUUCCCACAGGGGACGCAGGAUCUGGAGAAAGAAGGCUUCUGUGCCUGGGGACGUGUGGCAGGAAAGAUGGGAUGGGUAGGGGCACCGAGUGCAGAGACUGGGACUGGACCAGAACUUGGACGGACAGGAGCCACCAGGGCGGUGCUGCUGCAGGGAAGACGGGGCAAGCGAAGCGGCCAGAGCAGCCCAGGGAGCAGGACCGCCUGCACAGUCAGCUUCCCAGCUGCAGGCGCCGCCGGGCUGCACCGCGUCUCUCCGCGCCCGCUCUGAACGCAGAGCCCAGAAAGCUAUAUACACUUCUCCCUGCCGACUCCACAGGCACUGGGCACCCUGGCUUGUCUAUGAGACUUCAGCUCAGACAGUGCUUCCUUCGGGAAACUCUUCUGAACCUCUCCAGACGCAUCAUGAACAGGCUGUCAGAAGCCAAUGGCAUCUUUGCCAUCCGCCUAUUAAAGCUUCUCGGUCAGGAGGACCCUGCACGCAAUGUCUUCUACUCUCCCUUGAGCGUCUCCUCAGCCUUGGCCAUGGUCCUGCUGGGGGCCAAGGGCAGCACAGCAGCCCAGAUCGUCCAGGCGCUGGGGUUAAACACUGAAGACGACAUCCACCAGGGUUUCCAGUCGCUUCUCACCCAAGUGCACAGGCCUGGCGCUCCAUUCGCCCUCAGCAUAGCCAACGGGCUCUUUGGAGAAGAGAGCUGCCAGUUCCUCUCCUCAUUUGAGGAGUCCUGUCUGCAGUUCUACCAGGCGGAGCUGGAACAGCUGUCAUUCACCAAAGCUCCAGAGAGGUCCAGGAAACACAUUAACACUUGGGUGUCCAAAAAGACUGAAGGCAAAAUUCAACAGUUGUUGGCAAAGGACUCACUUGAAGAGGACUGCAGGCUGGUUCUCAUUAACGCUGUCUACUUCAAAGGAAGGUGGGAGGAACAGUUUCGGGAGUACCGCACAAGGACAAUGCCUUUCAAAAUAAGCCAGAAGGAGCAGAAGCCAGUGCAGAUGAUGUUCCAGAAAGCCACGUUUCCUUUGGCCCAUGUGAGCGAGGUGCAAGCCCAGGUGCUGGAGCUGCCCUAUGUGGGCCCGGAGCUGAGCAUGGUCCUGGUGCUCCCAGAUGAAGGCGUGGACCUCAGCUCGGUGGGAAAAACCCUCACUUUUGGGAAAUUCCAAAGCUGGACCCGUCCAGAGCACAUGAAGAAGACCAAAGUGGAAGUUUUCCUCCCGAGAUUUAAACUGCAAGAGGAUUACGACAUGGGCUCUGUGCUGCAGGGUCUGGGCGUGGUGGAUGCCUUUCACCCUGGCAAGGCCGACCUGUCUGGGAUGUUGGCCGACAGCAACCUAUGUGUGUCCAAGUUUGUGCACAAGAGUGUGGUGGAGGUCAACGAGGAAGGCACGGAGGCUGCGGCAGUGGCAGGCAUGAUAGUGGUUCCUGGGUGUUGUGCAGAUUCUGUGCCCCGGUUCUGUGCUGACCACCCCUUCCUGUUCUUCAUCAGGCACAACAGCACCAACUGCCUGCUGUUCUGUGGCAGGUUCUCAUCUCCAUGAGGGGUGCACUUCCAAUGCACUCGAGCAGUGCCCUCUGCAUCCCCAAAUCCCAGUCUAAACUUCAUGAGGUUGGUUCAUUAGAAAAGCCAAGUGCAGCCUAUGGGCCGAUUAGCACACAUCUGAGCCGUCUGUCAGCAUAGGCACAACAUUACAUGCUCUGCUCUCCCCACACUGCCACUCACUUUGCCAUUGGACCAAGAUCUCGGGACAGCAUCCCACAAUGUUGAACACAGGGUGCAGAACAGAUCCCAGAGCAGAGCCUGCUCAGGUUUCCUGGAUGGUCACAGACAUCUCUCACAUUCACUAUGUGUGCUACUUAUUGUAGAUACAUAUACAUCACACACCUGCCUUAACCUGACUUUCUAAAUAGUAAUCCAUGCUGCUAGGUUUUACUACUCUUAUGGGGGCUUGUAUCUAGAUGUUAUCCCCUUCCCAAGCCUUGUAGUCAUAGAUGGGGAGGUUUUUUUUUUUUUUUUUUUUUGGUUUUCUUCCGGUACCAGGAAUUGAACUCACGACCUUGCACUUGCCAGGCAGGCGCUUUGCCACUGAGCUAAAUCCCCAACCCCCAUGGGGAGUUUUGAAGUUGGCUGGAUUAUGCUAUAUGAAUGUGAAUUUAGAGUGACACUGGGAUUAAGGGUAUUGUUAAUGGAAGCCCCACCAUGGAUAUGGGUGGAACCAACCAAUAGGCUAGCAGCCUGGAUGCAAUAAAAAGGGAAAGAGGGAGGCCAGGUUUGGUGAUGCUGCUGUUUGGUGCUUUGCUUCCUCUGCCUGCCAUGCUAUUAACUGCUUCUCCUCUGUGAUGCCCUUCCUCCAUGCUACCCUACCUUGGAGCCAGGUGCCUAUGGACUGAAAUCUU